AUGGCAGGUGCUGCAAGACUGGCGUUGUGGAUGCAUCGUUGUCUGCCCAUCCAGAGCACCAUUAGCAUCACCUCAGGUGUCCAAUACAUCAAGGCAGUGGAGCUGCCGGGAGCAACCAUGGUGAUCCAGGACACCAAUCUGGCGAUAGAGGACUCGCUCUUCUCUGGCCUCAGCUUCUUUGGGCAAGGGGCCAUCGUGCUGUCUAACAGCAACGUCACCUUCGUCAACGCCACCUUCACUGCAAACAACAACUCCGCAGCCGGGGCGAUUUAUGCCAAUGACACUUCCAGCGUGACAGUGCUGGACUCCACCUUCCAAGGCAACGGGGGCGGCCAGGGCGGCGCCAUAUCCAUGUGGAACUCCUCUCUCCUGGUCAACGGCACUGCUUUCCAGGGGAACAUUGGCCGCAGCGCAGGGGGCGCUAUAGCGGCCAACAAUGCCUCCUUGGUCACUAUUAUCACCUCCACGUUUACAAGCAAUGUGGCGGAGAACGGAGGGGCGAUAUUCAUCGAAGAGGGGGUGCAAGGGACAGUGCGGGAGUGUCUCUUCGAGUCCAAUGUUGCCGACUUUGGGGGCGCCAUCUUCAGAGGUUCAACCAGUGGGGACAUCAUUGGAUCUGUCUUCACCUCCAACAAGGCUUCCAAGAUCGGAGGCGCCAUCUAUGACUCACAUGCAAAGGGGGACAUUACCACGAGCACGUUCCAGGGCAACAGCGCACCAAAAGGCAAGGCCAUCUUCAGGACAGAGAGCAAUGGAGAGCUCGUGGACAACAAGAAGCUGGAUGAGGACACACAGGUCACCAUUGACAACCCAUCCAGCACAUGAGAGACCUGAUGGGCGCCUUUUGGCCAAUAUUGGGGUAAACAAUAGGGAAGAAUUUCAUGCCUUUGCAUUGGUGGGUCUGAUGCAAUCAGUCUACCAAGCACAACACAGUCUUGCGAGCGCAGGCUUAUUAUUUUAUUGGGCAACAUGUACAGACCAGCUUUCGUGAUCCCACAUUGUAGAAAUAUGAGAACGGGGCUGGAACUUGGAGCUUCCAGAAUUCUUUAAAAUCCAUUUGAGCUGGGUUUCAGUAUACAGCUGUGGUUAUGAAGCAUGUGGGCAUUCUUACUGAAAAUGAAAUUGAAUGGCAUGGCAGAUUUGAGUGGCAUCCCGCAGGUUGAGUACUGCUAGUAGCAUGAGCUUGUGUCACGUGUAGGGAGGCACUCUGUACAUGCAUGAUUUCAGCAAUAACUUACAAUUGGUGCAAUCUGCUCCAUUGUGAUAAUUCUUACCGGCAGUGUGCAAAUUUGUGUGAAGAUAUCAUUUGCUGAGACUUUUGCAUCUGGGUGAUAAUCGCUGCUUAUCUCAUCGUUGAGGCACCUGCAGGGCAUUAGGUUACAAGAUAUCUGUGUACUUUCUUAGCCAGGAAGUGACCCACUUGUGAGAUAUUAACAGGUAGACCUAGGAAAACGAGGAAGGUUCGUAAAGGAGACAUCCUCAGGAUCAGGCUGGUUCUAAAACAAACAUGAUCACCCAGACUCCGUGUACAUGCCAUGUACAGUGUAACGAGCGCCUUCC